AUGAAUAGCUUGAAAUUCCUACCCACUUCACUUAGAUUACUGAAUACUUUGGAUAUAAAGGUAAUUAAUAUUCAGAAAGCAAAAUUACACCUGACUUUUGUUUAUUUGGAAUAUCUAUCUAUCUAUCUAUCUAUCUAUCUAUCAAUCUAUCUAUCUAUAUAUAUAUAUAUAUAUAUCAUUCUGUUCUUUAUCUAUCUAUCUAAUUCUUUUCUUUAUCUAUCUAUCUAUCUAUCUAUCUAUCUAUCUAUCUAUCUAUCUCACUGUGUUCAUUAUCUCUCUAUUUCUAUCACUGUGUUCAUUAUCUCUCUAUUAAUAUUUUUGAAUUAUGCAAAAAAAAAAAAUUCCUGUAAACACUUUGCCUUUUAUCUUAACCAUAUCUAUCUAUUCAUUUACCUAUCUUUCCUGAAUUUAUCUAUAUCCACAGAUUAUAAACAUUGCACAUUGUUGGAAACAUACUCUUCUUGCUAUGUGUUUUCAGAAAAUGCAGUGUUUAUUUGUUUAUCCUCACUUUUAUAUCUAUCUAUCUAUCUAUCUAUCUAUCUAUCUAUCUAUCUAUCUCAGUCUCUUCAUGUCUAUCUAAUAAUCUACUUAACUCUCUGCUUACACUAUCUAUCUAUCUAUCUAUCUAUCUAUCUAUCUAUCUAUCUAUGA